AUGAAAAUUUAUUAUUCUCAUCGUAUCCAAAACAAAGUUAAUCUCAAAAAGUAUUGUGAAGAAACCAUAAACGGUGAUUACUUAAUCAACUCAGUGUCGUCCCAUGAUGUCUUCAUAUCCACUACUACUACUACUACUACUACUACUACUACUACUACUACUACUACUACUACUACUACUACUACUACUACUACUACUACUACUACUACUACUACUACUACUACUACUACUACUACUACUACUACUACUACUACUACUACUACUACUACUACUACUACUACUACUACUACUACUACUACUACUACUACUACUACUACUACUACUACUACUACUACUACUACUACUACUACUACUACUACUACUACUACUACUACUACUACUACUACUACUACUACUACUACUACUACUACUACUACUACUACUACUACUACUACUACUACUACUACUACUACUACUACUACUACUACUACUACUACUACUACUACUACUACUACUACUACUACUACUACUACUACUACUACUACUACUACUACUACUACUACUACUACUACUACUACUACUACUACUACUACUACUACUACUACUACUACUACUACUACUACUACUACUACUACUACUACUACUACUACUACUACUACUACUACUACUACUACUACUACUACUACUACUACUACUACUACUACUACUACUACUACUACUACUACUACUACUACUACUACUACUACUACUACUACUACUACUACUACUACUACUACUACUACUACUACUACUACUACUACUACUACUACUACUACUACUACUACUACUACUACUACUACUACUACUACUACUACUACUACUACUACUACUACUACUACUACUACUACUACUACUACUACUACUACUACUACUACUACUACUACUACUACUACUACUACUACUACUACUACUACUACUACUACUACUACUACUACUACUACUACUACUACUACUACUACUACUACUACUACUACUACUACUACUACUACUACUACUACUACUACUACUACUACUACUACUACUACUACUACUACUACUACUACUACUACUACUACUACUACUACUACUACUACUACUACUACUACUACUACUACUACUACUACUACUACUACUACUACUACUACUACUACUACUACUACUACUACUACUACUACUACUACUACUACUACUACUACUACUACUACUACUACUACUACUACUACUACUACUACUACUACUACUACUACUACUACUACUACUACUACUACUACUACUACUACUACUACUACUACUACUACUACUACUACUACUACUACUACUACUACUACUACUACUACUACUACUACUACUACUACUACUACUACUACUACUACUACUACUACUACUACUACUACUACUACUACUACUACUACUACUACUACUACUACUACUACUACUACUACUACUACUACUACUACUACUACUACUACUACUACUACUACUACUACUACUACUACUACUACUACUACUACUACUACUACUACUACUACUACUACUACUACUACUACUACUACUACUACUACUACUACUACUACUACUACUACUACUACUACUACUACUACUACUACUACUACUACUACUACUACUACUACUACUACUACUACUACUACUACUACUACUACUACUACUACUACUACUACUACUACUACUACUACUACUACUACUACUACUACUACUACUACUACUACUACUACUACUACUACUACUACUACUACUACUACUACUACUACUACUACUACUACUACUACUACUACUACUACUACUACUACUACUACUACUACUACUACUACUACUACUACUACUACUACUACUACUACUACUACUACUACUACUACUACUACUACUACUACUACUACUACUACUACUACUACUACUACUACUACUACUACUACUACUACUACUACUACUACUACUACUACUACUACUACUACUACUACUACUACUACUACUACUACUACUACUACUACUACUACUACUACUACUACUACUACUACUACUACUACUACUACUACUACUACUACUACUACUACUACUACUACUACUACUACUACUACUACUACUACUACUACUACUACUACUACUACUACUACUACUACUACUACUACUACUACUACUACUACUACUACUACUACUACUACUACUACUACUACUACUACUACUACUACUACUACUACUACUACUACUACUACUACUACUACUACUACUACUACUACUACUACUACUACUACUACUACUACUACUACUACUACUACUACUACUACUACUACUACUACUACUACUACUACUACUACUACUACUACUACUACUACUACUACUACUACUACUACUACUACUACUACUACUACUACUACUACUACUACUACUACUACUACUACUACUACUACUACUACUACUACUACUACUACUACUACUACUACUACUACUACUACUACUACUACUACUACUACUACUACUACUACUACUACUACUACUACUACUACUACUACUACUACUACUACUACUACUACUACUACUACUACUACUACUACUACUACUACUACUACUACUACUACUACUACUACUACUACUACUACUACUACUACUACUACUACUACUACUACUACUACUACUACUACUACUACUACUACUACUACUACUACUACUACUACUACUACUACUACUACUACUACUACUACUACUACUACUACUACUACUACUACUACUACUACUACUACUACUACUACUACUACUACUACUACUACUACUACUACUACUACUACUACUACUACUACUACUACUACUACUACUACUACUACUACUACUACUACUACUACUACUACUACUACUACUACUACUACUACUACUACUACUACUACUACUACUACUACUACUACUACUACUACUACUACUACUACUACUACUACUACUACUACUACUACUACUACUACUACUACUACUACUACUACUACUACUACUACUACUACUACUACUACUACUACUACUACUACUACUACUACUACUACUACUACUACUACUACUACUACUACUACUACUACUACUACUACUACUACUACUACUACUACUACUACUACUACUACUACUACUACUACUACUACUACUACUACUACUACUACUACUACUACUACUACUACUACUACUACUACUACUACUACUACUACUACUACUACUACUACUACUACUACUACUACUACUACUACUACUACUACUACUACUACUACUACUACUACUACUACUACUACUACUACUACUACUACUACUACUACUACUACUACUACUACUACUACUACUACUACUACUACUACUACUACUACUACUACUACUACUACUACUACUACUACUACUACUACUACUACUACUACUACUACUACUACUACUACUACUACUACUACUACUACUACUACUACUACUACUACUACUACUACUACUACUACUACUACUACUACUACUACUACUACUACUACUACUACUACUACUACUACUACUACUACUACUACUACUACUACUACUACUACUACUACUACUACUACUACUACUACUACUACUACUACUACUACUACUACUACUACUACUACUACUACUACUACUACUACUACUACUACUACUACUACUACUACUACUACUACUACUACUACUACUACUACUACUACUACUACUACUACUACUACUACUACUACUACUACUACUACUACUACUACUACUACUACUACUACUACUACUACUACUACUACUACUACUACUACUACUACUACUACUACUACUACUACUACUACUACUACUACUACUACUACUACUACUACUACUACUACUACUACUACUACUACUACUACUACUACUACUACUACUACUACUACUACUACUACUACUACUACUACUACUACUACUACUACUACUACUACUACUACUACUACUACUACUACUACUACUACUACUACUACUACUACUACUACUACUACUACUACUACUACUACUACUACUACUACUACUACUACUACUACUACUACUACUACUACUACUACUACUACUACUACUACUACUACUACUACUACUACUACUACUACUACUACUACUACUACUACUACUACUACUACUACUACUACUACUACUACUACUACUACUACUACUACUACUACUACUACUACUACUACUACUACUACUACUACUACUACUACUACUACUACUACUACUACUACUACUACUACUACUACUACUACUACUACUACUACUACUACUACUACUACUACUACUACUACUAUACUACUACUACUACUACUACUACUACUACUACUACUACUACUACUACUACUACUACUACUACUACUACUACUACUACUACUACUACUACUACUACUACUACUACUACUACUACUACUACUACUACUACUACUACUACUACUACUACUACUACUACUACUACUACUACUACUACUACUACUACUACUACUACUACUACUACUACUACUACUACUACUACUACUACUACUACUACUACUACUACUACUACUACUACUACUACUACUACUACUACUACUACUACUACUACUACUACUACUACUACUACUACUACUACUACUACUACUACUACUACUACUACUACUACUACUACUACUACUACUACUACUACUACUACUACUACUACUACUACUACUACUACUACUACUACUACUACUACUACUACUACUACUACUACUACUACUACUACUACUACUACUACUACUACUACUACUACUACUACUACUACUACUACUACUACUACUACUACUACUACUACUACUACUACUACUACUACUACUACUACUACUACUACUACUACUACUACUACUACUACUACUACUACUACUACUACUACUACUACUACUACUACUACUACUACUACUACUACUACUACUACUACUACUACUACUACUACUACUACUACUACUACUACUACUACUACUACUACUACUACUACUACUACUACUACUACUACUACUACUACUACUACUACUACUACUACUACUACUACUACUACUACUACUACUACUACUACUACUACUACUACUACUACUACUACUACUACUACUACUACUACUACUACUACUACUACUACUACUACUACUACUACUACUACUACUACUACUACUACUACUACUACUACUAUACUACUACUACUACUACUACUACUACUACUACUACUACUACUACUACUACUACUACUACUACUACUACUACUACUACUACUACUACUACUACUACUACUACUACUACUACUACUACUACUACUACUACUACUACUACUACUACUACUACUACUACUACUACUACUACUACUACUACUACUACUACUACUACUACUACUACUACUACUACUACUACUACUACUACUACUACUACUACUACUACUACUACUACUACUACUACUACUACUACUACUACUACUACUACUACUACUACUACUACUACUACUACUACUACUACUACUACUACUACUACUACUACUACUACUACUACUACUACUACUACUACUACUACUACUACUACUACUACUACUACUACUACUACUACUACUACUACUACUACUACUACUACUACUACUACUACUACUACUACUACUACUACUACUACUACUACUACUACUACUACUACUACUACUACUACUACUACUACUACUACUACUACUACUACUACUACUACUACUACUACUACUACUACUACUACUACUACUACUACUACUACUACUACUACUACUACUACUACUACUACUACUACUACUACUACUACUACUACUACUACUACUACUACUACUACUACUACUACUACUACUACUACUACUACUACUACUACUACUACUACUACUACUACUACUACUACUACUACUACUACUACUACUACUACUACUACUACUACUACUACUACUACUACUACUACUACUACUACUACUACUACUACUACUACUACUACUACUACUACUACUACUACUACUACUACUACUACUACUACUACUACUACUACUACUACUACUACUACUACUACUACUACUACUACUACUACUACUACUACUACUACUACUACUACUACUACUACUACUACUACUACUACUACUACUACUACUACUACUACUACUACUACUACUACUACUACUACUACUACUACUACUACUACUACUACUACUACUACUACUACUACUACUACUACUACUACUACUACUACUACUACUACUACUACUACUACUACUACUACUACUACUACUACUACUACUACUACUACUACUACUACUACUACUACUACUACUACUACUACUACUACUACUACUACUACUACUACUACUACUACUACUACUACUACUACUACUACUACUACUACUACUACUACUACUACUACUACUACUACUACUACUACUACUACUACUACUACUACUACUACUACUACUACUACUACUACUACUACUACUACUACUACUACUACUACUACUACUACUACUACUACUACUACUACUACUACUACUACUACUACUACUACUACUACUACUACUACUACUACUACUACUACUACUACUACUACUACUACUACUACUACUACUACUACUACUACUACUACUACUACUACUACUACUACUACUACUACUACUACUACUACUACUACUACUACUACUACUACUACUACUACUACUACUACUACUACUAUACUACUACUACUACUACUACUACUACUACUACUACUACUACUACUACUACUACUACUACUACUACUACUACUACUACUACUACUACUACUACUACUACUACUACUACUACUACUACUACUACUACUACUACUACUACUACUACUACUACUACUACUACUACUACUACUACUACUACUACUACUACUACUACUACUACUACUACUACUACUACUACUACUACUACUACUACUACUACUACUACUACUACUACUACUACUACUACUACUACUACUACUACUACUACUACUACUACUACUACUACUACUACUACUACUACUACUACUACUACUACUACUACUACUACUACUACUACUACUACUACUACUACUACUACUACUACUACUACUACUACUACUACUACUACUACUACUACUACUACUACUACUACUACUACUACUACUACUACUACUACUACUACUACUACUACUACUACUACUACUACUACUACUACUACUACUACUACUACUACUACUACUACUACUACUACUACUACUACUACUACUACUACUACUACUACUACUACUACUACUACUACUACUACUACUACUACUACUACUACUACUACUACUACUACUACUACUACUACUACUACUACUACUACUACUACUACUACUACUACUACUACUACUACUACUACUACUACUACUACUACUACUACUACUACUACUACUACUACUACUACUACUACUACUACUACUACUACUACUACUACUACUACUACUACUACUACUACUACUACUACUACUACUACUACUACUACUACUACUACUACUACUACUACUACUACUACUACUACUACUACUACUACUACUACUACUACUACUACUACUACUACUACUACUACUACUACUACUACUACUACUACUACUACUACUACUACUACUACUCAUUAUAAUGAUAUUCCAUCAGCAGCAGGAGCAGGAACAGGAGCGUCGAUACAAUUAGAAGUCCAUUUAUUUCAUUUAUUACAAUUAAAUCAACCAAUUGAAUUUUAUAAUAUGAAAUUAUUCAAUAAUUUCAUCACUAUGAAUGAUGAUUAUGAUCAAAAAUCCAAUUUAAUUGGUAUUGGUUAUUGUUUCAAUGGGAUAUUAAUGGCUUAUGUCAAUAAUUAUACUACUACUACUACUACUACAAAUAGUAGUGUUAGUAGUACUGGUGAUUCCUCUGAUCGUAAUUCUAUAUGUAGUCAAUUUCUAUUGAAUGUACAAUUAUUUGAUAACAAUAAUAAUGAGACUAUACGGUUUAAUGAUUAUGAAUAUGGAGAAUUUUCAUCCAUUUGGGCACCAGUUCAAUGUGAAUGUGAUUUAAUCCGAUUUGAGUUUUCAGCUAGUGGUAACAAUCAAUCUGUUUAA